CCUGUAUAUACCUGAGGCAGAACAUUCACAAGACAAUAUAUGCCACCACCACCGCCACUUAACCUGCGACCUGCCAUGUACUCUACUUUGUACUUCAGCCUUGCCAAUACUACUACGGUAUCUUUCACAGAUCACGCAAAUGUCGCCCUGUUCUCGCUGGGCACCGGCCUUGGUCAAGUCUUGGUCCUCUUCUUCGCAACCUUUCGAAUGUCCAAAAGUACACGAAUGUCCGUUGAAGCGAGGUCAACAAUGAUUGGUGGGUGGCGAGGCCGACGGAAGAGACGACCAGUGGUGACUAGCGGCGGCCUUUACCUCCAAGCGUCCUUUUUGCGCAUCGGAGGAUAUAUAUACACCCAUUCCGAGAGUGGCAACCAGCAAAUGGUUGGCCUCCGACCGACGGCCCGCUGCGACAUGUUUGGGAUUCCUUUUGUGCUUUGACCCUUUGACCCUCUCACAGGAGCGGAGAGUCAGGACAGACGGCGACUAUGCUCGAUUGGGGAUGAAACAGCGUGUGCUCUACGCCUCUAACCUCCGCCUCUUCUGCAGGAAUCAUCCU